AUGCCCAAAUAUGUGCCCAACGUUAAAUACUACAAAUACCCACUGCCGAUCCAUCCGCUGGAUAAUUUGCCAGAACUAGUAUUACACAACCCGAUUUCAUGGGUGUUCUGGCUUUACAGCUACGUUUCUAGCACCAAUCUGCUGCCAUCCAAAGUACAUGUCAAGUUUUCAAGCGGUAAGCAUAUAACGGUUGCAGACCCAGACGAGAUGCUGUAUUUAUGGCGUAACGGGUUUUUCGGCACCGCUCAAUUAUCUCGAAGUGAGCCAACUUGGAAGGAGAGGACUUUGAAUAGGCUAGGGCUGUUAGAAUCGUCCCGCGCUCUGGAGCAUGUCACUGAGCAGAGAAGACUGCAGAGACUGGAAUUCAAACGAGAAAGGGCCAACUUCGAAGCCGUUAAACGUGAAUUAAGGCAUCAAGGAGUUGAAGAGUCGGAAAUUACCAACCAAGAGCGGAAAUUUUUACAGUCGCUAAGAGAACAGGAAACACAGGACCAAGAAACAACAACUACAGAUGUACAAUUUCGCGAAGCCGACGCAGAGCUGUUCGAUGACAACAACAAAAUUGUGGAUCUAGAAGUGCUGGAGCUAAUGCCUGUGGAAGCCAUGUUUUUAACUUUCGCACUUCCGGUACUCGAUCUACCGGCACAUUCCUUGGCCCGUUCUCUUGUGGGCAAUAAUCCUUCUUACGCUGACAUCAACGAUCUGUGCACAAAAUAUGCUGCGUAUCAUCAUUACAGAUCUCACGGAUGGUGCGUACGAUCGGGAAUUAAAUUCGGAUGCGAUUUCCUGCUUUACAAACGUGGGCCGCCUUUCCACCACGCUGAGUUCGGUAUCAUGGUCCUCAACAGCGACGAUUCUAUGGACUACACAUGGUACGCCAGCAGUGCAAGGGUUGUGGGAGGAGCCAAGAAAAGCUUUAUUUUGUGCUACGUUGAGUUACUGAUACCGCGCGAAGAAGCGUUGCUGCUGUGGCAGCAAGGUAAAUUCGCUCGCUUGUUUGCCAGCUACAAAAUGGGCGAGGUAAUGUAUAGAAGAUGGGUGCCGGGUAAAAACAGGGAUUAG